AUUGCAUGACUACAUGCUGGACUCCACAUAAACCGUAUCAGAAAUAAACUCCUUUGCACUGUUCGCAUUUUUUGGCAGCAAAAAGGAACUUGAAAACAAGAGAUUGAAGUGAAGAAGAUGUCCCUAGCUGCACAAAACACAUCUAUUGAGCAUCAUCAUCAUCAUCAUCAGAGAAUCAUAAUACCCAACAAAAACGGUGAAAAACUCGUGGGCAUAUUACAUCAAUCUGGAACAACCACCGACCUUGUUAUCUUGUGUCAUGGUUUUCAAUGCUCCAAAGAUACCAAACUCAUAUUGAACCUUGCUGAUGCAUUGGAAAAGGCACAAAUUAGUUCUUUCCGUUUUGACUUUUCUGGAAAUGGGGAAAGCGAAGGUUCGUUUCAGAAUGGUAAAUAUUGGACACAGGUGGAUGAUUUACACUCUGUUAUUCAACAUUUCCGUGAAUCAAAUCGUGUAAUUCGUGCAAUUGUGGGACAUAGUAAAGGAGGUGUCAUAGUGCUUCUUUAUGCUUCCAAAUAUCACGACGUUAAAACUGUUGUCAACCUGUCUGGACGUUAUGAUCUGAAGGCAGGUAUCGAACAAACCCUUGGUAAAAAUUAUUUGGAAAGAAUUAGGAAGGAAGGUUUCAUUGAUGUGAAGACGAGGUCAGGAAGUUUUAGUUACCGUGUUACUGAGGAGAGUUUGAUGGAAGUCUUAGGUACAAAUCUAGAUCAAAUAUGCUCUCGGAUUGACAAAGAAUGCAGAGUUCUUACAAUUCACGGUUCCUCCGACAAAAUUAACUCCGUUCAACAUGCACACAAGUUUGAUAAGAUCAUACCCAACCACAAGUUGCAUAUCAUUGAAGGAGCUGAUCAUCCAUACAAUAAUCAUCAAGAUGAGUUAUCCUCAAUUGUUGUGAGCUUCAUCAAGGAAACCAAUGUCCAGAACAAGGUUACUGCUAGGAUGUGAAUUCUUCAUUUUAAUAUAAUAUUAUUAUUAUUUUGUUUUUCAAAUUAUAUUUGCCACCAUUAUUAUGUAUCGGUAUAAAUUGUAUAAGUUGAUUCAAUUGAAAACACACUUAAUUGGAUUAGGUCAGAUCAAAUUGUUUUUGAUAAAACAAUUCAAACCAAACCCUAUAUUACUUUAAUAUUUAGAUCAAAUGAUUUUAUUGUAAAUUAA